GUGACUUUGAUACAAUGUAAUAACUUGGGUUACAAAUAUACAAAUAAGAUUAAACAUUUCGCAUAUGAGUAAAACCAAUAGAUACGUUGUAACUUUGUUAUACAGGUUAUUAAAUUCUAUAGUUAUAUGUAUAUUAAUUAAAUCUAUUGUAAUCAAAUCUGCAUUUCUACAAUAGCGAAUAAUGUUUCUCUUCUUUAACGAAAUGCAUAUGUUAAUUGAAAUGUAUGUAGUAUAGGUACUCUCAUUGUAUUAUGCACACUCACGACCAGAAAUUUAUUAUAAUUCUGUGAUUACUUGUAAAAUGUUGUGCUCUUGUCUUACAUAACGCUUGAGAUAAUAAGUUAGCCGCUCACGAAAACAGUUUGAUACAUUUCUCACCAACAAUGCAAAUGUAUAAAGGAAGUUCAAAGUUCCAACAACUCAUAAGGUAGGGAUGUUCUUCGAUACAAAAGCACUGAUUUCCGUUGUCUCACCUUUCAGUUGUAAUGCAACGUUCACAGAAACGGUUCGUGAGCUUAUUAAGUCCCCUAUAAUAAUAAACAGAUUGAUACAGUUUUAUACGGUACGAGGAUUAUUAAGGGAAUUGUAAAUAUUUCUCAUAAUUGAUAAAAUUAAUGAGACAUUUCUUAACUGAGAAAAUAAUAUUUUAACAACCAACUUCAGCAGCAUUAUUUCUUUUCUUCAUAUUAACGUAACGAGAAGGUGAAAACGAUGCCUGCCCUGAAAUCGAGUAAGAAGAUUUACAAGACACCUGAACCUGGCAACGAAAUCGUUAUCUCCGGUAUUGCCGGAAGAUUUCCAGAAUCCAAGAAUGUAGAGGAGCUCAAAGACAAUUUAUUGAAUAAGGUGGACCUGGUCACGGAUGAUAAUCGCCGGUGGGAAUUAGAUCAUCCGGAGAUCCCUCAUCGUACAGGAAAGAUUAACGAUAUCGGCAAAUUCGACGCGUUGUUCUUCGGGGUCCACUUCAAACAGGCCCACACGAUGGAUCCGAUGUGCAGAAUGUUAUUGGAGCACGCUUACGAGGCUGUCGUUGACGCGGGAGUUAAUCCAAAGCAGUUGCGUGGGUCGCGAACCGGCGUUUUCAUAGGCGCGUGUUUCUCUGAAUCUGAAAAGACUUGGUUUUACGAAAAACUACAGGUAAAUGGCUUUGGAAUUACCGGGUGCAGCAGAGCCAUGCUGGCGAAUAGGAUUUCCUACUGGUUAGGAGUGAUUGGACCAUCUUACACUGUGGACUCCGCCUGCAGCUCGAGCUUGGUUGCGUUGGAGCACGCUUAUCGCUCAAUAUGUGACGGCCAAUGCGACGCCGCUAUCGUGGGCGGAUCGAAUCUAUGUCUUCAUCCCUACGUAUCGCUGCAAUUUUCUCGUCUCGGGGUUUUGUCGCCUGACGGCCGUAGUAAAGCGUUUGAUGCUGAUGCGGAUGGCUAUGCUCGCAGCGAGACAGUUUCCGUCAUAUUUCUACAGAAGGCGAAAAACGCGAGACGGAUCUACGCCACAUUGGUCUACGGUAAAGCGAAUUGCGACGGUUACAAGGAGCAAGGCAUCACGUUCCCGUCAAGCAAGAUGCAGGGAAUACUGAUGAAAGAGUGUUACGAGGAUUGUGGCAUACCGACGAGCGAUCUGGUCUAUCUGGAAUGCCACGGUUCCGGCACCAAAGUCGGCGAUCCCGAGGAGAUCAACGCGAUUGAGAACAUCAUCUGUAAAGACAGAACUACCCCUUUAUUAAUUGGUUCUGUUAAGUCGAAUAUGGGUCAUUCCGAGCCUGCUAGCGGCCUAUGUCAAGUUGUCAAGAUGAUAAUAGCAAUGGAAACUGGAUUAAUUCCACCCAAUUUACAUUACAACCGGCCGCGAGAAGGCUUGAAAGCUCUCGGAGAUGGCAGGCUCAAAGUCAUCACCGAGCCGACACCAUGGGAUGGCGGUUACGUGGGUAUUAACUCCUUCGGUUUUGGAGGUGCCAAUUGCCACGUCAUAUUGAAAUCGAAUCCGAAAAAGAAAAUCAACAAUGGAGCACCAACUGAUGAUUUACCGAGACUCGUCGUAGUAUCCGGACGUACGGAAGAGUCUAUUAAAGUAUUCUUAGACGACAUCGAGAGACACCCGAUAGACACUGAAUAUAUUCAUCUGCUGCACGACAUUCAUUCUGAGGAUAUUCAGGGGCAUCUGUAUCGAGGAUACACAGUAAUCGGCUCGAAAACGGCGGACCGUGCCUUAAGAGAAUCAGAAAAUUAUUUGGGAACUGUAAAACCACUUUGGUUCGUGUUCUCCGGUAUGGGGUCGCAGUGGCCUGGCAUGGGUACUGACCUGAUGAGAUUCCCCGUCUUUGCCGAAGCUAUUAAAAAAUGCGACGCUGUCUUACGACCGCGCGGUGUAGACAUCAUUAAUAUACUAACAAACAAGGACAAAACUAUUUUUGACAAUAUUUUGCAUUCGUUUGUGGGUAUCGCGGCAGUACAGAUUGGUCUGGUCGAUCUUCUCACAUCGAUGGGUAUUGUGCCGGAUAAUAUUAUUGGUCACUCCGUCGGAGAGCUCGGUUGUGCUUAUGCAGAUGGAUGCUUCACUGCCGAACAAAUGAUCUUGUCGGCGUACUCGAGAGGUUUGGCUUCCAUCGAAACUGAAGUAAUUUACGGUUCGAUGGCGGCUGUCGGUCUUGGCUACGAGGACAUCAAAGAUAUGUGUCCACCCGAUAUCGAAGUAGCUUGUCACAACGCUGCCGACAGCAGCACUAUUAGUGGACCCGCUGAGUCGAUGAAGGAAUUUGUCGCCCAACUGCAGGCUAAGCAAAUCUUCGCGAAGGAAGUGCCAUGCAGCAACAUACCUUAUCACAGCCGUUACAUCGCACCCGCCGGCCCAAAACUUCUGGCUUAUCUGAACGAGGUAAUUCCUCAACCGCAGCCGCGCAGCAAGAAAUGGGUAAGCUCGUCUGUGCCACGCAACAAAUGGUCCACCGCGGCUGCCAAAUUGUCGUCCGCCGAGUACCACACCAACAAUCUUCUGAGUCCUGUACUAUUCGAGGAAACGGCGCGUAUGAUCCCGAAGGAGGCCGUGACCAUUGAGAUCGCGCCCCACGGUCUUCUGCAGGCCAUCCUGAGGCGAUCCCUCGGUUCAGGAGUCACGAAUGUCGCGCUCACUCAGCGCGGUCAUAAAGAUAAUGUCGAUGUUUUCCUACAAGCAAUUGGCAAGCUCUACAAUGCAGGACUACAACCGGAUAUUGCGAUUCUCUAUCCACCUGUCGAGUAUCCAGUUAGUGCCGGUACCCCAAUGAUCUCACCUUCUAUUAGGUGGGAGCACUCUGACGACUGGUACGUAACGUCAUUUAAGAUGCAAAAGAAGACCACCUCCGGAGAGAGAGUCGUUUCUUUGUCGCUAGCAAACGAGGACGAUAAGUAUAUGAUCGGUCAUGUUAUCGAUGGGCAGAAUUUGAUCCCUGCCAUGGGAUAUCUUGCUAUGAUUUGGGAAACUAUAGGUAUCUUGUAUGUGGAAAUGUACACAGAGGUAUCGGUCGUCUUCGAAGAUGUCAACUUCACACGUGUUAUCCAUAUACCGAAAGAUGGCGAGGUUCAGUUAUCAGUGAUGGUGCAAAAAGGCACUGGAAGAUUCGAAAUAACGGAAGGUAAUUCUGCGGUUGUAACUGGAUUCAUUCGAGUCGUGAAGAACCCGACACAAGAGAAGGUACCUGCUUCACUUUUGCCAGAAGAUGAUGACGAGGAAGAGGUGAUGAAUACCAAGGACAUUUAUAAAGAGCUACGAUUACGGGGUUAUCAAUAUUCAGGCAGCUUCUGUUCCUUAAAAAGCGCAUCCAUAUCAGGAAAGAAGGGACACAUUACUUGGGCAGGUAAUUGGGUGACAUUCAUCGACAACAUGCUGCAGAUAAUGAUGCUUGGAAUGGACACGAAAAGUUUAUAUGUACCUACAAAAAUACAAAAGAUCGUGAUUGACACUAAGCUUCACCAACAGGAAGGCCAAAAUCUAAAUUCAGAAGACAAACAAUUCCCCGUGCAUGUGUACAAAGAAUGGGAAGUCAUAAUGUCAGGGGGAGUCGAAAUCCGUGGUGUCAAAGCUACGGCUAUACCUCGCCGACCACCAGCCAAAAUUCCAGUCCUCGAAGAAUACAAAUUCGUGGCUCAUCGUGACAGAGCGCAAGUGUCCCUAAAAGAGGCGAUCAGAUUGUCCACGCAUAUCGCAAUCGAAUGUCAUCAAAGUAUUCAUGUAAAGACCAUCGAGUUGAUUGACGACUCCGACAAUGUAACAGUGGAUAAAUUAGCGUCACCUGUGCUUACUGAGAUUCUGGAUGAUUUGCCCUUGAUUCAGCCGAAGGUGUAUCUGUCAGCACCUUCUAAUCGUUUUGACAAUAAUUCGUUACCCUCUAAUGUGAUCCCCAUAGAUAUGAGUAAAGUGCCCAAAGAAGAGAAUAUUCUGCUUGCUGUCGGUAUCGGGCUGCUAUCGAGGAAUAAGACACAACAAUUGGAAAAUAUUCUGUCGAAACUGAAAAACGGCGGUUUUAUAUUGACACGAGAAAGACUGUCCAAGUUCGAGAAUCUUUCGUCAUCUUCAAAGCACGACUUAAACGUGAUUCUAGAGAAGAGUAUUGGCGAAGAGACUAUUGUACUUUUAAAGAAGAAGAAACAGUUGGCCAGAAAAACGGAAAUCAUCCAUGUUAAAAACGACCAGUUUACCUGGCUCGAAAAGCUGAAUUCGCUCAUGAAUGCGAAGAGUGAGGCGGUCGACAUGAGGGUAAUACUCAUCGGUGAGGGAGAAUUGGAAAGUGGUUUGCUAGGCUUCGUUAACUGCUUAAGAAAAGAACCAGGCGGAGAAAUUAUCAGAAGCGUAUUGAUACAAGAUACCAAAGCCCCUAAAUUUUCUUUACAAAACAUAUUAUACUGGGAACAGCUUCAGCUUGAUUUGCCGAUUAAUGUAUUGAGACCGGGGAAGGAAUGGGGUUCCUACAGGUAUCAGCCGCUUCCGGGUCCACAGCCGAAGCUUGUUUGUCACGCCUAUGCCAAUCAAAUGACAAUUGGCGACUUAAGCUCGCUUCGUUGGAUCGAGGGCCCUAUACGUCCUGACAGCAAUCAAAAGGACCUAGUCCAUGUAGCGUACUCGUCUCUCAACUUUAGGGAUAUGAUGUUGUCCACAGGCAAACUCGCUAAGAAUAAUACCUCAUUCGUGCCUAGCCGAUUCGACGAUUGCAUCAUCGGCCUGGAGUAUGCUGGUAUCGAUACCACUGGUCGUCGUGUGAUGGGACUCAGCUGUCGUGGAAAAGCUAUAACGAAUGUCAUUGAAGCUGAUAGAAGAUUCUGCUGGUACGUGCCUGACAAUUGGUCACUGGAAGACGCGGCCACCGUACCAUGCGUGUAUGCGACAUGCUACAUGGCUCUGUAUCAUCGUGCUGAUAUGAAGGAAGGCGACAAAGUGCUCAUUCAUUCUGGCACUAGUAGCGUCGGCCAGGCGGCAAUAAAUCUAGCUCUUCACGAAGGCUGCGAAGUGUUCACCACCGUCGGAACGCCAGAAAAACGCAAGUUCAUCCGCGAGCUAUUCCCGUCGAUUCCAGAUAAUCAUAUUAGCAGUUCGCGCGACACUAGCUUCGAACAGAUAAUACUUCAGCAAACGAACGGUAACGGGGUGGACAUCGUUUUAAACUCGUUGACCAAGGAGAAGCUCCAAGCGUCGGUUCGCUGUCUGGCACAGGGUGGUCGUUUCCUGGAGAUCGGCAAGUUUGAUCUCGCUGCAAAUAAUCCCUUGGGAAUGAUGAUCUUCUUGAAGGAAGUUAGUUUCCACGGAAUUUCGUUUGACAACUUGUUCGUCUCUACAGCGGAGGAAGAAACGAGAGAGCUGCAUGAUAUGGUAAACAAAGGCCUAAAAAAUGGAGUUAUCAAGCCGCUUGUUAGAAAAGUCUUUGAAAAGGACGAAUUGGAAACAGCCUUCAAAUAUAUGGCAGCCGGAAAGCACAUAGGCAAGAUACUUGUAAAAGUUUGCGACGAGAAGAAGGUCCUUGAAAAGAAGCCUAUUCUCGCUGAGCCUCGAUAUUACUGCGACAGUAAUAAAACUUACCUCAUCCUGGGCGGACUAGGUGGUUUCGGGUUGGAAUUGGCCGGCUGGCUGAUAUCCCGAGGCGCCAAAAACUUGGUAUUGACGUCAAGAACAGGAAUAAAGAACGGUUAUCAACGUCUGAAGGUCGAGCAAUGGAAAUCUUACGGCGUGAAUGUGCUUAUCGUCACGGGGGCAGACGCUUCAAGUCACAAAGAUUGCGAAUUUAUACUGAACUCCGCGGAAAAGCAGGGCCCGGUGGACGCGAUUUUCAAUCUCGCCGUGGUACUGAAGGACAGCGUCUGCAAGAACCAAACGCCGAAGUCGUUCGAGGAGUGUUUCAGGGCGAAGGCUUACGCCACGAAGAUGCUGGACAAGUUGUCCAGAAGUUUGUGCCCGCAGCUGCAACAGUUUGUAGUUUUCUCCUCGGUCUCUUGUGGCAGAGGGAAUGCUGGGCAGACAAAUUACGGUAUGGCCAACUCCGUGAUGGAGAGAAUUUGCGAGCGCAGAGCGGCGAACGGUCUACCGGGGCUGGCUAUCCAGUGGGGCUCGAUAGGCGAAGUUGGCCUUGUCGCCGAGUGGCAGGACAACAACAAGGAGCUUAUUGGCGGUACUUUACAGCAAAGAGUAUCCUCCUGUCUUGAGAAGCUCGACAAUUUCUUGUUGCAGAAUCGUCCGGUGGUAUCUAGCAUGAUGGUAGCGGAGAAGUGCGUUCAUGGAACUGUCAACAUUGUGGAGACCGUGGCGGAUAUAAUGGGUAUAAAAGAUCUCAAAUCUGUGGCUCCGAACACAUCGUUGGCCGAACUCGGCAUAGAUUCGAUUAAGUCUGUGCAAAUUAAACAAACAGUGGAACGUGAGUUCGAUGUCUUGCUCACAGCGCGGGACAUCCACAAUCUGAGCUUUGCCAAACUGUCAGAGAUGUGCGAUGAGGAAUUGGAGCGAGAGCAAGCACAGGCUCAACAGAUCACUGAACAAACAGCCGCAAUAUCUGGUAUUCAACUGAUAGUUCGACUUGUGAGCGAGAAGUUGUCUACCGAGACCUGUAUGGAAUUACAAACUAGAAUGGAUCCGCGCAAGAUCAAAGUAUUCCUUUUGCCGGGUAUACAAGGUUGUGGACAAUUAUUUAAUCCACUGGCGUCGAAGAUCAGACCUAUCGCUGCGGUCUUGCAAUAUGGAAUAACAAAUAAUGGACGUAGCCAUAUGUCUAUACCGGAAUACGCCGAUUUUCUUUUACCAUACAUCUUACCAAAGGCAGAAGAGCAAAGAGGUUUCGCUAUAGUCGGAUAUUCGUUCGGCUCGUUAAUUGCCAUCGAGUUAGUGAAACGACUGGAAAAACGAGGUUUGAGCGGUCGAUUAGUACUGAUUGAUGGUGCUCCUGAGAUCCUGAAAACAGUAAUAGAGCAAUUCCUUCCAUCCGCUACUGAGGGAGAACUUCAAAAUAAUAUCUUGCUUGCUAUCAUGGAUACUAUGCAAUCAGCUUUAAGCGAAAAGCUGCUUUUGGAUCUCGAGAAAUGUACGACCUGGGAGGAGAAAUUAAAUAGUUUCGUUUCACAUGUUCCUGACAACGAAAUGGUACUUUCCGUCGCAGAUAAGAAAACAUUGUGUACAGCUAUUUAUAUGAACAUUCUCGCUCUCCGAAAAUACGACUUUUCGUCCUUGGAACGACUACGAACGCCUAUAACACUUUUGAAACCCACAUUAAAAUUUGUCGAUACGAUCGACGAAGAUUAUGGCCUACACAAGGUCACACGAGACAGGGUGGAAGUGCAUUACGUUGAAGGCAACCAUGUCACAAUGUUGAACAGCAACAUGGUCAUAAGGGCAAUCAACGGAGAAUUGUUACAGGAUUAUAAAGAAUUCAGAAAACUUUUAUCAGAAGAUCGACCGUUCGAGUACGAGGACGAGGAACGUACAGCCUGAAUUAUGGAUUAAAGGCCUAUAAUAUAUUUAACUUAAAAACAAUAUAUGUAUGAAUGUGUAUAUUUUUGUCGAAGUUGGACUAGGACUGAGUACAUACAUACGAUCUAGACUUGCCGAUGUGGAUAUUUGAAUAUCUGAAUAAUUAAUUCACCGAAUUAUCUCCACUAUUUAAAUUUGAAACUAUUUAAAUUGUUCUGUAAAAAUGUUUGUGAUUCAAACAAUCGAAUCUGCAAGUACCUUAGGUUGGAUUCACUCCUUCUCUUCUCUUCCCUCUGUAGAAAAUUAAUAACAUUAUUAAAAUGCAAAACUUGAUUGAAGUUAUGUACAACGAAAGUGUAAUUAAAGUAGUAGUAGUGGUAAUAAUGGUGGCAAUAAAAGUAAACGGGUGAAACUAA